AAAUUACGACAAAACAAUACCAUUCACAUUUGCUUUUCCCCACCAGCUUUCCCACUCUGCAUGUUUGCUUCAAUUAUAGAAACGAGGAACCGAGCUACGUUUAUAUUUAAAGUUCAUCUCGCUACUCUUUGCUAAACAUGCACCCCCACAGUCAUGGAUGAUUCAUGCUUCAAUUUCCUUUUGCUUUUGUUGAUACAAUGUUUCAUGGGAAGCUUAGCUGUUAUAACUGCAGCAAACCUCACUACAGAUCAAUACGCACUGCUCGAAUUCAAGGACAGCCUUGAUUCCGACACCAUAUUAGCAAACAAUUGGACCAGCUCUACCUCUGUUUGCAACUGGGUUGGUGUUUCAUGCAGUUCUAGCCCUGAAAGAGUCACCUCCUUGAAUCUUGGCAGCAUGAAUCUUACAGGAACCAUUUCUCCGCACCUUGGGGACCUUUCUUCUCUCCUCUCUCUCGACUUGAGCGGCAACAAGCUUAACGGCUAUCUCCCUUCGACAAUUUAUAACUUGUCUUCUUUGCAAAUCAUGGACUUAACAUCUAAUGAACUAUCUGGUGAUUUCCCAGAUGACUUUUGUAGGUAUUUUCCCAAGCUUGAGGUUCUUCAUUUGGCUUUCAAUGGGUUUUCUGGAAGUGUUCCUUCAAGUUUAGGUGACUGUACCAAUCUUCAAAUUUUGUCGCUGUCUAAUAAUAGAUUCAAUGGAUUUAUUCCAACAAGCAUUGGGAAUUUAACUUGGCUGAAAGAAAUACACCUGAGUGGAAAUAGUUUACAAGGUGAAAUUCCACGGGAAAUAGGUAACCUUUUUAAUUUGGAGAUAUUUGCCGCAGAAAAUAACGGGGGUCUUACUGGUGGGAUUCCACCUUCCAUAUUUAACAUUUCUUCAUUGACAAAAUUUAUCCUCUUCAACAAUAGUCUAUCCGGUAGUUUACCAGAUAAAAUGUGCAAUCAUCUUUCCAAACUUGAGGUGCUUAUUAUCUCCUUGAAUGAAUUAUCCGGUCAUAUUCCAUCAAGUAUUGGUGAAUGUAGCAAUCUUCAGAAUUUAUCACUGUCAACUAAUCGAUUCAAUGGAACCAUUCCAAGAAGUUUUGGAAAUUUGACUAGCCUCAAACGACUGAAUCUACGUGAAAAUGAUUUAACAGGGGAAAUCCCAUGGGAAAUUGGAAAUCUUUAUUCAUUGGAGAUAUUGGCUGUCCAGCAUAUGCGUCUAACUGGUCCCAUCCCACCUUCCAUCUUCAACAUAUCUUCCUUAAAAGAAAUUUCUCUGAACAACAAUAGUCUAUCUGGUGAAAUACCUUCUAUGAUCUCAAUUACAAAUCUUGAGGAGCUUAGACUAUGGGGAAAUAAUCUCAGCGGCAAUAUACCCAAUUUUAUCUCCAGUGCCUCUAAGCUCAGAAUCUUAGCACUAGAAGAAAACUCAUUCUCUGGUCUUAUCCCGAAUACACUUGGCAAUUUAACAUUCCUUGAGCGGCUGAGCCUCGCAUCUAAUAAUUUGAUCACUGAAGGUUCAACACAUGAGUGGAGCUUUCUGUUUUCUUUAGCAAAUUGCAGGAAUCUGAGAUAUUUGAACGUAUCAUUCAAUCCACUGAAAGGCAUUCUUCCAAGUUCUAUCUCAAAUCUGUCUACAUCUCUUCAGUUUUUCUAUGCCUCAGGUGUCAAAAUUACAGGUAGCAUUCCCAGGGAAAUUGGUAACUUAAGCAAUAUUACAACUUUAGACCUUUCAAAUAAUCAAUUGAGUGGAUCUAUUCCAGCAACAAUGGGAACGCUACGAAAUGUUCAGGGUUUGCUUCUUGAUGGUAAUCAAUUACAAGGGUCUAUCCCACCAAGUGUCUGUGGUUUAGAGAGAUUAUAUAACCUAUCAUUAGGUGGCAACAUGCUCCAUGGUCCUAUACCAACUUGUUUGGCGAAUUUGACUUCUCUGAGGUAUCUUUACUUAGACUCCAACAAAUUGAAUUCGACAAUACCCUUAUCCUUGUGGAGCCUUAAUGAUAUCUUAGAGGUAGACUUGUCCUCAAAUUAUUUGAAUGGUUCCCUUCCACUGGGCAUUGAGAAACUGAAAGUAUUGACACAUUUGAAUUUGUCAAGGAAUCUGUUAUCAGGUGAAAUCUUGAGUUCAAUUGGAGAACUCCAGGAUUUGAUUUCUCUAGACUUAUCUAAUAAUAGAUUUGAUGGUUAUAUUCCUGAAUCAUUUGGUGAUUUGAUAAGUUUGGAAUCCUUGGAUUUAUCCAACAACAAUCUCUUUGGAGUCAUUCCCAAAUCUAUGGAGAGACUUUCCUCUCUCAAUCAUUUUAAUGUGUCCUUCAAUAGACUAGAAGGAGAAAUCCCCAUUGGAGGACCCUUCAGAAACUUCUCAGCUAAAUCAUUUAUGAAUAAUUCUGGACUUUGCGGUUCACCUGCACUACAAGUUCCACCUUGUAAAAGUAGACAAUCGAAGAUGACUCCUUGGCAUGUUUUGAAAUAUGUUUUACCAGUAGUUGCUUCAAUAAUAUUGAUAGCAACUUUCUUUAUUCUCCUUAAAAGAUGCCGAAAAAAGAGUAUAAAUCUGCCUGUUAACGAAGAUUUAUUGCCUCUGGAAAAAUGGAGAAGAAUUUCCUACAAUGAACUUUUACAAGCAACUAAUGGAUUUGAUGAAUGCAACUUGCUUGGUUCAGGGGGUUUUGGGUCUGUGUAUAGAGGAACACUUUCAGAUGGGAUGAAUGUUGCAAUAAAAGUGUUCAAUAUGCACUCAGAGGACAGCUACAAGAGUUUUGAUGUUGAAUGUGAAGCAAUGCGCAAUAUUUUUCAUCGCAAUCUUGUCAAGGUCUUUAGUAGUUGCUCUAAUGUUGACUUCAGAGCCUUAAUGUUUGAGUUCAUGCCUAACGGCAACCUUGAGAAAUGGUUAUAUUCCUAUAACUAUUUUCUCAAUCUCCUACAAAGAAUUGACAUAAUGAUUGAUGUUGCAUCAGCACUAGAGUAUCUCCAUUUUGGCUGCUCGGUACCUGUGAUCCAUUGUGACUUAAAGCCAAGUAAUAUCCUGCUAGACAAUGACAUGGUUGCACAUGUUGGAGAUUUUGGCCUUGCCAAACUCUUGGGAGAAGAAGAUUCUAUAAGACAAACUAAGACACUUGCUACUAUUGGGUAUAUGGCGCCAGAAUAUGGAUCGACUGGAAUUGUUUCUCAAAAAGGUGAUGUCUAUAGUUAUGGUAUUUUAUUGAUGGAAACUUUCACAAGGAAGAAACCUACCGAUGAAAUUUUUUCUGUUGAAAUGAGUUUGAAGGAUUGGGUGAAAAAGUCCCUCUUCAAUGGAACAAUUGAUGACGUUGUGGAUGCCAAUUUGUUAAGAGAGGAGGAACAUUUCACAGAUAAAGUGAACGCUUUAUCAUCUAUCAUGGGAUUAGCUCUAACCUGUACAACUAAGUUGCCUGAAGAAAGGAAAAAUAUGAAGGUUGUUGUGGCCAUACUCAAGAAAAUCAAAAUUCAGUUUCUAAAGGAUGUUGGGAUGGCUUAUAAUGGAGAAGGAAAGAUUGGUGAUGACUAUCGAGCCAUUACUCUUACUGAUGUGGCUGUAUGUGAAAACAAUGGAUAGUCUUCACACAAGUUUUGGAGGAGAUCCAAAGACAAGAAAAUGAGAGUGAAGUGCUAGAAGAUGGUGAUAAUGAAAUUGAGGAUCCUACAAUCGAGCAAGAGGGUGUACUUGACCUUCAAUAGAAGAUAUUAAAGUUGAAAGCAAUGAAUUACCUGAAAAGGAUGAAAUCAUAGUAAAUAUUGGUAAUUUCAUUCUCAUAGAGAUGUUGGAGGGUUAGAUAUUUAUAAACUUUUUACAAUUUGAUGACAAUGAAAAAUAUUUUUCACAAACAAAUUCAAACAAUAGAAAUUUUUUUAUAAAGUAUUUGCCAUAAAAAAUAUUUUCUCCCAACAAAUUAAUUUGCUAUUCCUAAAUCUAACAAGCUAGCAUUGGGUUGUAAGACCCGACCAUGCAGUGUAAAAUAACUUGACCCAGCUCAUGGUCUUUAUCUCUGAAUCCAGCC